AUGUCGCGCCAGAUUCGCCGAAAACUCGUCACCGUAAGACGCAUCUCCAAUAUUUCCCCUAUCGCGGGAUCACGAUACAACGUCGUCACAGUGGACGGAUGGAAUGUGGUUGUCGGACGGAACGAAGGGUUCUAUGACGGUCAAUCAGUUCUAUACUUCGAAGUCGACAGCCUACUUCCGUGCAAUCAUAAUUUCUGGGAGUUUUGUGCUUUCUCUAACAACAAGUCCGGUUAUGUGGUCACGACCAUGAUCGUAUCCAAGCACAUAUCCCAGGGUCUCAUAUUCCACCUUGAUACAUUCACCGAGUUUUCAGAUCUGUAUACGCGAAUGAAGAACCGCCAUGGCAUGGAAACCACUGAAAUGAUGAUAAGAAACCGAUCUUUUGAGGACAUUCUUGGAGUCAAGAAAUGGGAGAAUACCAAAAAUGGAGGGACCACCCAUAGCCUCGAAACGCCGCCCAUAUUCUUCCCCCAACCAGGUUGCGAAAGAGCCCAGAAUUUGCCAACUCUUUUUAGGGAUCACGGAGAAGACGAAUAUCAGAUCACAGAAAAGCUAGACGGUAUCCCUAUGAGCGUCUAUGCGGUUAAGAAAGACUCGAAGUGGUAUUCAAUCUUGCCAUCUCCCAAUGAAGACUCGCAAUGCCAACAGAUCGGAUCAACUCGCAUCGGCAUAUGCAAUAGAACCCGAGAUCUAGUCGAAUCAUCAACCUCCUUAUUUUGGAACACUGCUAAGAAACAAGGCAUAACCGAGAAGAUUAGUCAAGUUGGACAUAACAUCGCAGUACAAGGCGAGCUCUGCGGUUUCGAUAUCAUGUCUAACACAAUCGGCUUUGAACCAGGAGAACACAUCUUCUUCGUAUUCGGCAUUUUCGAUAUCGACAACCAGGAAGACCUACGGCCGGAAACCGUAAAAGACAUAUGCGAUAGGCUUGGAUGGGAGCACGUGCCCAUAAUUUCGGACCGUAUCAAGCUAUCUGCAUUCGCCAAUGAUGUUCACGAUCUCCUCCUCAGAGCAGAAGGGACAGGGAUGAAGGGUCGGGCGAGAGAGGGGUUGGUUUUCAAAUCAAUUGAUGCUAGUUUUGCUUUCAAGGCCAUUUCAAAUCCGUGGCUUCUUGAAACAGGAAAGGAUUAA